UUCAUAUCACUGACAGGAAAGAGCCAACAGGAUGUUAUACAGUAAUAUACUCUCUGUCGGCCUAUGCCCCGACUUCUAAUUACCCCUCUAAUUACCCCUUACCCCAUUACCUCUCCCUGUGUAUCACCCAGGACUGCCCAGAGGGAUCUCGGGACUUCAGAGAGGAGCAGUGUUCUCAGUUUGAUGGAUCUGACUUCCAGGGAAAACGAUACAAAUGGCUCCCAUACUAUGGAGCUGACAACCUGUGUGAGCUGAACUGUAUGCCCAGAGGAGAGAACUUCUUCUACCGCCACAGGACAGCUGUGGCCGACGGCACGCCCUGCCAUCCCGGGAGGAAGGAUGUCUGUGUUGAUGGAGUCUGUAAGCGUCUGGGCUGUGACAACAUGCUGGAAUCCCCCCAGCAGGAUGACCCCUGUCUGCAGUGUGGGGGCAACGGACAGUCCUGCUACCCCGUCAGGAGCACCUUCAGCAUGACCAACCUGCCCAAAGGCUAUAACCAGGUGUUUAUCAUCCCUGUGGGAGCCACCUCCAUCCACAUCAGAGAGACUGUUGCCACUCGUAAUUACCUGGCCGUUAAGAACCUGCGUGGUGAGUACUACCUGAACGGCCACUGGGUGAUUGAGUUCUCCAAGGCCACUCCUGUAGCAGGCACCAUGCUAUACUACCAGAGAGGGGCUGAGGGAGAGAUGACUCCUGAGACCAUCGUGGGCCGCGGACCCACCACCGAGCCGCUGGUUAUAGAGUUGAUCAUCCAGGAACACAACCAGGGAGUAGAGUACGAGUACUACCUCCCUAACGGUCGGUCCAGAGAGGGAUACUACUGGAGCUUCGGCUCAUGGUCUACCUGCAGCAGAGAGUGUGGAUCAGGCUACCAGUCCCGUCUGGUGUUCUGUGCCAUCGAUAACGAGGCCUACCCAGACUACCUGUGCACCGCCCUGCCACGCCCCCUCACCAACCGCACCUGCAACCCUCAGACGUGCCCUCAGACCCGUCG